ACAUCUAAUGGCGAUAAUCUACCAUUAGCUAGCUAGAGAAGAAGACCUGCGCAUGUCCAUCACAACAUAGCAGGCACGCAUGCUAUUGCACUUGUUUUAUUUUUCAUUAUUACUUAAAUCUGAAUAAACGUUUGAUUAAAAUGCCACCAAAAGGAAAGGGUGGCAAAGGCGGAAAAGGAGCAGCUUCAGGAAGUGCAGAAGCAGACAAGAAGGAGAAAGCACCAAAGGGAGGCACUGCUGUGAAGGUUCGCCACAUCCUCUGUGAAAAACAUGGAAAAUGCAUGGAGGCAAUGGAGAAACUGAAGGCUGGAGUGCGUUUCAGUGAAGUAGCAUCACAAUUCAGUGAAGACAAAGCAAGACAAGGAGGUGAUCUGGGGUGGAUGACGCGAGGAUCAAUGGUUGGACCUUUCCAGGAGGCAGCAUUUGCCCUACCUGUCAGUUCCAUGGAUAAACCCGUCUACACAGACCCUCCUGUCAAGACAAAGUUUGGGUACCACAUUAUAAUGAUAGAGGGGAAAAAGUGACAUGGUACAGCUUGAAAUUAUGACAUAAAUAUUCUUAGGUUUUUAUUUUCCCAGAAUGUUUAAGAUUAAGAAAAUGAUAUGAUCCUCAUGUGUAAGUUUUGUCUUUUCAAAUGUACACUACCUUAUUGACAAAUUAACGUGAGGGAACAUUCCUACAAUCUUAACUUUGACAUUCAUAUCAUUCGAUGGAAUUUCAUUUUUCAGUUUGAUAAAGUAGUGUACAAAUGGCCAAAUAAAUACAUUUUCACUCAAAAAUACAA